AUGCCCCGCGCCCUCAACCCCGAGCCAGACGGAACCAUCAAGCCGAGGGUCCCAAGACUUUUGUCCAACUCAUCACCAUCGUGGCCACGCGCCUACCUUAUCACCUUACCUAGGUCCGCUUGGGUAGAUUUGCUGGCACUUGCUGGAGAGCGUUGGGCCAGGUUCUUGGUGCGGAUGGGGUGGGCAGAACUACGCUGUACGCUGUAUCGGGCAACAUCGGCAAUGGCACCAACAAACGCACCUCUCGGUAUCCAAGUUGAGGUGAGCGUCGAACAAAUUAAAGGGAAUGGAAGCCGGCGAGAAGGAAGAUUGGUGAAGAAGGCCCCGCUCACCCCCGACCAGGCUAUUUGUUCCAGAAUCCAGCAGCGGCGUCAACCCACGUCUGCGGCCUGCACUGGGUUAUUCGAUACCUUGGUGCCUAUUCGUACUCCGUACAUACCUUACUGCUUUCCACACAAUCCAAGGACCAAGGGAACAUGGCUGGACGUUCUUGACCUUCCGGGUUAG